CUAAAUUUUACAUUUCUCAACGUUUUUCUUUCCUUUGCGUAUAGCAACAGUUUGAUACCUUUAUUCUGCUCCUUGCCACUUACUGCAUUUUGAGUUGUAAAUGUCAGUUCUCUCUGAAAGCAGCAUGGCAACAGCGGCGGCAGUGACAACGGACAUGUCUUACAUAUUACCACCAAUGCCAACAUCAACAGAGCAUACAAUGAUACCACCCAGCACUUAUUUGACUGGUUUCCUUAUACCGACACCACAUAUCCUUGCUACUGCCGUUGACCCUUCUGCAACGGCAUCUGCUGCAACGAUAUCAGACGCACCACGGGAAUCACAUAAACCAUGGGAUAUCAAUUUUGGAGGCGAUACGGCCGAGAAAUAUCUGAACGAUGCUAAGCAUGCUGCAGACAUAGGUUCACAGUUUACUAUUUGUCUUGUUGCUGGGUUAAUUUUUUUUAUCGCCUUUUGCUAUUUUAGAACACGAGUAACCACUCUAUUUUCACCUCGGUCUAACAUGAAACGACAUAAACCGCCAGAUUUGCCCAAGUCUUUCCUUGGUUGGAUCUGGCCGUUAUUGAAAAUUGGAGAUGAGGAAAUGUUGAAUAAUGUCGGUUUGGAUGCUUUACUGAUGCUGAAAUUUAUCACCAUGGGGAUCAAGAUCUUUGGUGUUUGCACAAUCUUUGGCAUUAUCGUUUUUAUUCCCAUUACUAUGACUUCUGACGCGUCACAUAUCGGCAACUCCACUUCCACACUGGACCGCCUUUCGAUCAAUAUCAUUGAAGAGGAUUCACAUAAACUUAUUGCUUAUCUUGUGUUCGCCUAUGUCUUCACCUUAGUCACAUUUUUCUUUCUUAACCAAAGCUACAGUCGUUAUAUUUACCUACGAGCAAAAUUUCUCUUGAACCAGUCGAAGAAAAACCUUGUCACUCGAUCCGUUCUCGUCACAGGUCUGCCUGACUAUUUACAAUCUGAUGAAGCGUUGACAGACUACUAUGAACACUUAGGCAUCGGACCUGUAGAAAGCUGUUAUGUUGUAAGAACUGUAUAUCGAUUAAGUACCUUGAUCAAAAAGCGAGCCAAUGCCUUGACAAAGUUGGAGGAAGCCUAUGCAAAGUAUUGGGGCAAUCCAUGUAAGAUACCAGGAUACGAUCCUGAUAGGAUAUUAGACGACGUUGGACUAUAUAAGAAAGUAUUGGAUUUAGCUGAGCAAAGAGAGAGUGAUAGUAGCAGCUCAAGUGAUGAGGACGAAGACAGCAUGAGCGGAUUUAAACGCUUCAGGAGAGACAGUGGUACUGUUCCGGACAAAAAUGGUUCUCUUGUACCGAAAGAUGCUGAGAAGUUAAGAAGACGCCAAAAGUUUGGCAACACCACUUUCUUCAAAGGCCUUAUCGAGCCUCUAAGCAAUAAAGAAGGGGGUCAGAAGAAGUCGAAACGUCCUACCGUUCGUGUGGGCGGAUUUUUGGGAAUAGGUGGGAAGAAAGUGGAUGCCAUUGAAUACUAUACAAAGCUAUUUGAUGAUUUGGAUAAAGAAGUACUCGACCGUAGAAAAUCACCACAUUAUGAAAUGACAUCUGUUGGUAUUGUUACCUUCAAAUCUAUGAGCAGCUCGGUUAUUGCAUCUCAAAUUGCCAUUAAUCCAGAACCUUUCCGCUGUCGUACAGUUAUGGCGUAUGAACCCAGAGAUAUCAUUUGGGAUUCCAUUUAUAUUCGUGGACGGGAACGCAUUAUUCGUGAAGCUAUUAUUUGGACUGUCACUGUCUUGCUCUGUUUGACCUGGUUCAUUCCUGUGGGUGCCAUUUCAUCCCUUCUCAGUAUUGAAACCAUCAUGAAAAUUAACCCUAAACUUGGUGCGAAAUUGGCAAGCAACAAAGUAGCCAAAUUGAUCUUUGGAUCUUUCAUACCCCCAUUAGUGCUUAAUAUCUUUACCUCUAUUUUACCCACUUUCUUCGACAUGAUGGGUUAUUACCAAGGAUUAAGAGCUCGAAGUGCCGUAGCGGAAACAACACUUAGCAAACAGUACUUCUUCUUGAUUUUCUUCACUUUGAUUUUCUAUUCUGUCGUCGGUACGACUUUACUCACCAUCGCGUCUGAUUUUGCAAAUGACCCCAAAAAGAUUCCUGAAUUUCUUGCCAUUGUUUUGCCUGAGCUUGCGCCAUUUUUUAUCAAUUAUACCCUGUUACAAGGCUUCUUAAUUAUGCCCUUGAAUUUGUUAUUGCUUGGUGCUAUCAUUAUCCGUGGUUUUAAUCAAGCAUUUCUAUGUAAAACGCCUCGACAAUAUGCACAAAACCGUGCACCUUGGGCAUUCAAUUACGGUAUCGGUUAUCCAGCUCCUUUGCUGGUUUUUGCUAUCGUCUUUGAGUAUUCUCUAAUAUGCCCUUUGAUUUUACUGUUCGGCACUAUGUAUUUCUGUUUUACCUACGUCGUCUAUAAAUAUCAAUUUCUUUAUGUUUAUUUUAGACCUUACGAAGCUGCUGGUAAAUUAUGGACAAUGAUCAUACCUCGAGUUGUAUUUACACUACUUUUAUUUCAGCUUACAAUGCUGGGUUUGUUUCUACUGCGAACGGAAUACGUUUUGGGUGGCUGCGUUGUUCCUCUGAUCGGCCUGACCUUUCUGUUCAAUUUCAUUUUACAAAGAGCCUAUCGCCACAAUGCUCACAAUCUACCCAUGCAAUUGUUACGCGAUAAUUAUCAUGAAGAGGAAGGGAGUGAUCCUGAAACAGAGUCAGACGAAUGUGAUUCAGAUGUAGACCACGUUGUCAGUUCUAGAGGGAAAAAAAAGAAAGAAGAGGAAAAGAGGAAGAAUGAAAGAGAAGGCGCAGUACUAGAAGCUACUACGGGUAGUGGUGAUACGUCAACAGCUUCUGCUACUGUACCCACCAUCCGUAUAGUGCCUGACCCCGAUGAUCAAAAACAACAACAAGUCCGUAACCGUUGGAAGCAAGCAGCUUUGUCCGCCGUCAAACUCAAACCGGAACCUAUUUCUCUACAGGAAACCAAUAGCAGUGGUCAUUUAGCUCGCCCACGUCAUAGCAAGGUGAUUUUGGAUGAGGAUGAUUACGAAGCCACGCCUGAUAAGUAUACGGAUCAUCGACAGCCGCCUAUGAAUCUCAAUCCCGGUAUUCUAGACUCAGGCCUGAAGAAGUAUGGCAAUCCUGUUCUGGUAGGUAUUCUACCUCAGCUUUGGCUACCUGUCAAAGAUGCAACUGUCGCUAAGAAAGAAGCAGAUACUGCUGCAAAAGCUGCUGAAGUGGGUCAAGGGCCUGAUGUGGACGCCCAGAAACGAAUCGUGCAAAACCGUCGCAGAAAGGACUUUUUAAGAAAUGACGGUGCCCUGGAAGGUGGAGGUAACCUCGCGAAACGUUUGGCUUCUAUGUUGCGAAAGGAAGAACUCAAUCGACGAAGAAAGCGACAGCACCGUCUAUCGCAAGCAAACCCUGAUGAUACUGAUCUGGAACAAUUAAGGCGGGAAGAAACGCAAGAGGACCUCAUGAUGGAAGAAGCAAGAAGGACGGCUCAUGAUUAUGCAGCGACGAUUGUUAGCGAUCGCAGAAGAAGUGAAGGCUAUAAUACGUUAUCUUUACGUAAUUUAUUCAAACGAGCGGCAGUGGCAGGGAAAAAACAAUCUCCCACUAACAAAGACGGCGAUAGGAAUCAGCCCUCAUCAGCGGAGGCUUUCCGUUUAGAGCACGUUAGCAAUAAAGAGGAUAGGAGCAAUAAUGGGCCUUCACUAGGGUCUGCGGAUGAUGCAACAAUAGAUUCCCUUGAACGAGGGUAUGCACCUCCCUUAUAGAGGGUAGUACAAGCAACAUCAUCCAUACUGAGCCUUAACCCACAGUGUCAUUUUUCAUACCUAUCUCCAAGAUCGACUGCACAAUUUUGAACACCUGCUGCUCUGUAUAGACCAAAUUCCAAACAAAUACGUUAAUAGCAGCAACAAUAUUUAUUAGCACUGAAGAUAAUAAGUUUUCAAAUGAGAUCCAAGUACAUAAUUC